AAUGUUCCUUGAGGUAUUUUGUCCCCUGAAGAGCAAGCUUUUAUAUUUUACAAGAAGCGUUCACUCCGUUCGACUCCAUUUCUAAAUACUGGACUCCAAAUGAUAAGGUCCAAACAUAAUACAAAAAGAUCGUUGCUUUCUUUGUUUACCAGAGGACCCCUCCUUUCCUGAGAAGAAUGCCUACAGCGAAGAAGACCCUGACGUUCUUAUCGAGCUUUCUCACAAGCUUUGGGGCGUUCAUCGUAGUCUGCGCUAUGCUUGGGACCCAAGAAUGGGUCAGCAGCAGAAUCGCCGUCAGCGACUCAUCUUCAAAUGGUAGUCUCAUUAUCGUCUACGGACUCUUUCGUGGGAACGGUCAUCAGGAAUUCAGUCAUGGACUUGAGGAGUCAAAGAAGGGCUUUGGAGUUCUAGAGAAAUUGAACAGUUCUUCCCAAAGAACGCUGCAUUUGGUGGUUAUCCUGGUCCUGGUCCUCAGCCUGUGCACGUUGCUGCUCAGCUCUGGGCUCACCUUCUACAACAGCAUCAGCAACCCCUAUCAGACGUUCUUGGGGCCCGUGGGCGUGUACACCGGCAGUGGACUUGGUGCUUUCUUCGUUUUCGUGGCCAUGAUACUGUUCGUGGGGAACACACAAUCCAACCAUCUCUCCGAAGACCUGGCCCAGACGCUGUACCCGUUGUAUCCAGCAGCCGCCUACGGAGGAACAACCCACAGCUACGGGUACUCGUUCUGGCUCACGCUGCUCGUCAUUCUUCUAAGUACUAUCUCCGUGGUCAUCGUCAUUUUCUACCAGAAAGCCAGAUACCAGCGAAAGCAGGAGCAGAGAAAGCCCAUGGAAUGUGCUCCAAGAGAUGGAAUUUUAUUCUGAAUUUGACAUUAUGUUAUUUAGUCAUUAGGUCUAUUCUAUGGUACGUCAGCUCCGGAGCGGUGACUGGCUCGCUUGUCUGUCUGGACAAUCAGCAAGGUUAAGUGCAGCCCUGGUUGACAGCCACUUUGUGAUCGUUUUGUAUCUCAUGACGUCCCAUAAAUGAUGUCACCCUGCAAAGGGUUCUUCCCACUGGGGUGGGGAAGAUGAAGGGGAAAUCUCUCCAGUCCACGCAGCGUUCAGUGCAGUAGAAUGACCCCAAGGCUAUGGAACCCCCCAACCUGGUCCCACUCUCUAAGACAAUAAAGGUUGGUGGCCUA